AAGGACUCUGGAGUGCCCCGACCAAGGCGUGGGUAGCCCCAGCGACUGACCCCCCGUGGGCGGGGACCACACCUGUCCCAUGCCCAGCUGCACUUCCAGCUCAGAGCUGGAUGCCCCCCACCCCCACACUGCAUAAUUCUGGCGCGCGGUUGCAUGGACACAGCUCAGAACAUUUUCUUGGCAAGCUCGAGCCCCCGCAGCGGACGCUAGAGGCCCGGGAUGGUUCCGUCCAACACGACCGCGCUGACGCCCUUCCUGACGGCGCUGUGGCAGCUGGGGACGGUGGCGCCGGGCGGCAACGCGUCGGGCGUGGCGCGCAGGUCGCCGCGCAGCGAGGACGGCCAGCUGGCCGCGCUCUACAUCCUCAUGGUGCUGGGCUUCUUCGGCUUCUUCACCCUGGGCAUCAUGCUGAGCUACAUCCGCUCCAAGAAGCUGGAGCACUCCCACGACCCGUUCAACGUGUACAUCGAGUCGGACUCCUGGCAGGAGCAGGACAAGGCGUACUUCCAGGCGCGCGUCCUGGAGAGCUGCAAGGCGUGUUACGUCAUCGAAAACCAGCUGGCGGUGGAGAGGCCCCGCACGCACCUCCCCGAGAUAAAACCUCUGUCGUGAUCCCACGGACUGAGAUGCUGGAGAAAAAAUUUCCACUUCAGAAUGGGUGCCAAGGGGAGAGAGGGGUGCACCUGCCUCCCCAGAACCCCAGAGAAAGAGUGGGUCUGGGUAAGUGGUAACACAUGGCAUCAGGGGACAGGGCCUUUUGAGACGAAGUGCCCAUCGUGGUUGAAUUGUGUCCCCCACCCAGAGAAGACAUGUUCAAGUCCUAACCUUGGUCCCUGUGAAUGUGACCGUACUUGGAAAGAGGGCUUUUGCAGAUGUCAUCAGGUGAAAAUGAGGUCCCUGGGGUAGGCCCACAUUCAUUAUGACUGAUGCUCCUAUAAGAUGUGGGAAAUCAGGUCACGGACACAUGGGGAGAACCCUCGUGAAGACAGAUGGAGACUGGAGUGACCCCCUCUGUGAGCCAAGGAUGGGCAAGGACUGCCGGCCACCACCGGACUGGGAGAGGCGAGGAGAGGCGCCCCCUACAGGCUUCACAGGGACAUGGCCCUGCCACACCAUGGUUUUGGACUUGGGGCCUCCAGAACUGUGAGGUGAGGAGUGUGUCAUGUUUGAUUUGGGUUCUGUUGGGACGACCACAGGCGACUCAGGUAGUGUCCCCCCGCCCCCCGCUCUGCCUCCUCCCUCAGAGAGAGCAAUUUUCUUGCCACUCUCUUCCUCAGACAGAAGAUUCUCUGGGAAUCAUCCCUCGAAGAUGAGAGAGGAGGAAAAGAAUUAGGGGGGAGGCAUGUGGUGCUGGGGCCAUUGCUCAGGGCAGUGGAAGAAAACCCACUUAGCGUUCCCUGACCUUUGAGAAUCGCAGUCAACACGCACCGUGGUUUCAGCCUGCUUACCCACAAGCAUCACUGGCCGUUCUCAGUGGACGAAUCGGGAGCAGCCAACCGCAGUCCUUGCUUCACGGGCCGGACCAUGCUGCCUGCAGGAGAGCUUGGAGGCAGGGGUUAGGACAUCUCUGGGGCAGAGCUCUGGCCUGGACGACUAUAGUCCCCAUGAUGAGUGCUUCUUGAGGUCCGAAUCCUUUGAAAAUCGAAUAAAAGCUGUGAUCCCUGAGACCCAAAAAAUGCACAUGGACACAUUUUGCCCAGCAUUUCAGGGGAUCAGGGGCUGCUGGAAACCGUCUCACACUUGCUUGUCCCUCAUGGACCCUGCAUGAGCUAUCUGCUUCCCACAGACACACGUUGCCCACGGGGAAGGCAGGUGGACCUGGAGCUCAGGUUUGGAGGGGAACCCCGAGUGCAUGUGAGCCGUGAUGUGAGUCAGAGCAGGCACGGUGGCUGGGACCCCAGGCCCAGC